AUGAUCCCACUCAAGCCCAUUCUCUCUCACAUCGAUAACAUCCCCUCGACGGCCGGAAAAUUCAAACCGGAUAAAUCAUCGGUCUACUACAUCCACCACCGUCUCCCUAAAUUCACACUAUGGCCGAUCAUCUUUCUCUCCUUCAUCCUUUUCUUCUUCUUCCUAUCUCCCACUUCCACCACCUCCCCUCGCCGCCGUGGCCUCCGUACCACCUCUUCCUAUGGCGGACCAGCCUGGGAGAAUCGAGUCAAGUUAUCUGCUAAACCCCGUUCCUGCACAGGUCAUACCGUCCUUGUUACCGGCGCGGUGGGUUUCAUCGGCGCUCAUGCUUCGGUGGCCCUUAAACGCCGUGGUGAUGGCGUGGUUGGACUCGAUAACUUCAACCGUUACUACGACAUUACCCUAAAACAAUCACGGAAAUCGAAACUCGUGGAUCGCGCCGGUGUGUUCGUCGUCGAAGGUGACAUCAACGACGAGGUUUUGCUCCGGCGACUCUUUGGCUUAGUACACUUCACUCACGUCCUCCACCUUGCGGCGCAAGCCGGCGUCAGGUAUGCCAUGAUAAACCCUAAUUCAUACAUCAAAUCCAACAUCGACGGAUUCGUUAACCUUCUAGAAGUUGUGAAAUCGACGAUUGAACAACCGGCGAUCGUCUGGGCAUCUUCUAGUUCGGUUUACGGCCUGAAUUCAAAAGUACCCUUCUCCGAAAAAGACCGAACUGAUCAACCGGCGAGCCUGUACGCCGCCACAAAGAAGGCCGGUGAAGAAAUCGCCCAUGCUUACUAUCAUAUUUAUGGUCUAUCGAUUACUGGAUUGCGAUUUUUUACUGUUUAUGGACCUUGGGGUAGGCCAGACAUGGCUUAUUUCUUUUUCACCAAAGACAUCUUGAAUCAAAAACAGAUCUCGAUCUUUGAAGGGCCAAAUCAUGGAACAAUUGCUAGGGAUUUCACCUACAUUGAUGAUAUUGUAAAGGGUUGUUUGUCAGCCAUAGAUACAGCAAAUAAGAGCAGUAAGAAGAAGGGUGAAUUUAGGAUCAUUAAUUUGGGGAAUACUUCCCCUGUUUCAGUCCAUAAGUUAGUGAGCACAUUGGAGAAGCUGUUGAAGAUGAAAGCUAAGAAGAAGGUGGUUUUGAUGCCUAGAAAUGGGGAUGUGCCAUUAACCCAUGCGAAUAUAAGCUUGGCUCGAAUGGAGCUCGGGUAUAAACCUACCAUGGAUUUGGAAAUGGGGUUGAAGAAGUUUGUGAAGUGGUAUCUUGAUUAUUAUGAUGCUAAGAAGAAGAGUUCUUGGUGA